CACAGCUUCGGGACGGCUAGUUAUUGGCUGGCAGGUAUUUCCUAAACGAAACCGGUAGCAGCGUGUAGCAUGACCCGGGAGCGAAGACGCCACGUUGGGGGCGACCCCCGUCCUUGUUCUUCUCCCCGGAAGGCUGCGCCCCCCCCGCGAGGAUGGAGCGGCGUGGUAGUGGUGGCCGCGCUGUGCUGCGCCGUGGCUGUUGGCGCGUAUGGGUACGGGGGCUACGUGAGGUGGAGGCGGGCUCUCCGGGUCGUGACCCCUCACCCCGCACCGCCCGUCAUCGCCCCGGACACCCGCCCCCCGGCCACGUUUUGGGGCUCGUACCGGCCGCAGGUUUACUUCGGGAUGAAGACUCGGAGUCCUCGCUCGGUGGUCACAGGCGUGAUGUGGAUGGCGCAGUCGGGGCCCGCGGCCCUGCGGCACACGUGUGAACAGAGCGACGGGCUGCCCCGCUACGGGUGGCUCCUGCACGACGGGGUGAAUUUCGGGGUCCAGGAGGUCAGGGAUCGCGGCUUCACGCUGACCACGGAGUUCGUCAAGAGGCCGGGGGGAGACCACGGAGGAGACUGGAGCUGGAGGGUGACCGUGGCUCCUCAGGCUUCGGCCCCCGCCGGACAGCUGGUCUCCCUCCUGUUUUACGUUGCCACGGAUGGCCAGGGAGAGCUGACUCCACACGUGGAGGCGAACGGGCGUCUGAGCCGCGUGACGGGAACCUCCGAGGAGCUGGGAGGAUUCACGGUGCGCUUCCCCGCGCCGGCCCCCGGGGGCCACGCCAGCUAUAACCACCUGUCCACGGCUUGUGGCGGCCUCCACAUGCUGACCGACGUGGUGCGCCGCAGCCUGCGAGACGGCUUCACUCACCCCGCGGCGGCUGGGGGUCCCUCCGGCGCCAACAAGAAACGCUACUUUGGCCUGGACACGUACCGGCCCCCGCCUGGCCCACAGCCGGCCCCCACUCACUCCCGCUUUGUGGUUCACCAAGUGACCUUUCAGCUGCCCUUCCACGCCGAGGUCCUGUUUGAGUCGGACAGUGUUGUCCAGCGCCCGGGGCCCCUGGCCGGAGAGGCUCUGAGCCGCGAGCUGGAGAGACACCGCGCCGCCAUGGAGGGGCGCUUCCAACGCACCUUUCAGCUGGAGGAGAAAGGAUUUGCCCCGGAGCAGGUUGCCUUCGCCAAAGCUGCCCUGUCCAACAUGGUGGGGGGGAUGGGCUACUUCUACGGCCACUCGGUGGUCCAGUCCCUCUACAAUCCGGAGCCCGUCCUCUACCCCCCGGCGCCCCUCUACACGGCCGUGCCUUCUCGCUCCUUCUUCCCGCGCGGCUUCCUGUGGGACGAGGGCUUCCACCUGAUGCUCAUCGCCCGCUGGGACCCGGCCCUCGCCUGGCAGUCCCUGGGCCACUGGUUGGACCUGAUGAACGCCGAUGGUUGGAUCCCACGGGAGCAGAUCCUGGGGCCCGAAGCUCGCAGCAAAGUGCCCGAUGAGUUCGUGGUCCAGCGCGAUGAGAACGCCAACCCCCCGACCCUGUUCCUGGCCCUGAGCCAGCUGCUGGCCACGCCGGACUCCUCGGGGGAGGGGGCCGCCUUCCUGCGCAGAGCAUUUCCCCGCCUCAAAACCUGGUACGAUUGGUUCAACACGACGCAGGCCGGGCCCCUCCCCCACACGUACCGCUGGCGGGGCAGAGACACGGACCCUCUCCGCUUCCUCAACCCGAAAACCCUGACCUCCGGCCUGGACGACUAUCCGCGUGCCUCCCACCCGUCGGAGGACGAGAGGCACGUGGACCUGCGCUGCUGGAUGGCUCUGGCGUCUCGGGUCAUGGCGGAUAUCUCCGAGCUGCUGGGGGAAGACGGCGGUCUGUACCGCGAGACAGAGCGGGCACUCACGGACAACGCGCUGCUCGACCGCCUGCACUGGUCACAGAGGCUGGGGGCGUACGCGGACUACGGAAACCACACGCAGAACGUGGCACUGGAGUGGGAGAGACCGCGGCCGCUUCCCGGCCAGGACCCCCGCGCCCUCCCGCCCCCGAGGCUGGUCCGGGUGGUGAAGAAGCCCCCAAGGCUGCAGUUCGUGGGCUCUCUGGGAUACGUGUCUCUGUUCCCCUUCCUCCUCCAGGUUCUGGCUCCUGAUUGGCCGCGUCUCGGCCGCCUGCUCGACCAAUUAGGAGACGCCGACCAGCUGUGGACCCCCUACGGCCUCCGCUCGCUGGCCAAGAGCAGCCCCCUAUACAUGCAGCGCAACACCGAGCAUGACGCCCCCUACUGGCGUGGCCCCAUCUGGAUGAACAUGAACUACCUGGCCGUUCGGGCCCUGCACGCGUACUCCCGCCUGGAGGGCCCCUACCGGCAGAGGGCCAGGGAUCUGUACCGGGAGCUGCGGGAGAACCUGCUGGCCAACCUGUACCGGCAGUACCGAGACACGGGCUUCCUGUGGGAGCAGUACCACGACGAGACGGGCCGGGGCCAGGGCUGCUACCCCUUCACGGGCUGGUCCUCCCUCAUCGUCCUGGUCAUGGCGGAGCAGUACUGAGGGGGCGGGGCAUGGGGGCGCGAUGCGACAAAUGAUUGGCGGUUUGAGGGGAGAUGUGUUUUAAAGGGCAGUGUCCCCCGAAGCAUGGAAAGGCUUAAAAGGUGGGGCUCAGGGAGUCUGAGGUGGGGAGAGAAGGUGGAGCUCAGGGAGCAGGGGGUGGGUCCACGAUACAUUAACCCUUGUCAGAACAUUUUAAAGUCCACAAUGCGGUUGUUAUGGGUCUCCACUGUACAUGUGACUUAUUAACGCUUUCCCUGCUGUGCAGGAUGUGAUCACCCUCCCCCGGCCAAUAAAAUACUUUGUGACAAAA